AAAAAAAAAAGUUGUUUACCGUUUUGAUGAAGAAAUAUCAGUUUUAAAAUUUUAAAUCGAAAGGCCAAUGGGCCGGAUCGAUUGAAUUCUUCGGGUCGUUUAUUUAGCCGUGUUGGUUUUGCAGUCUUAGAUAGUCUGGAACCCUAAACCCUAACAGUCUCAGCUGGGGUUUUGCACACCUAGAAUCAAUUUUCUUUCACAGGUUUAUUUGAUUUAUUUUGAGAAAAGAUGGUGAGGCCGUAUACUAUGAAAGGGCAUAAGAGGAGGAAGAAGAGUGAGGAGGAUAAAUAUGAUCGGGAGGAUGAAGGACAUGAACAAGUUGACGAAGAGCACCCUGAUGGAUAUGAUGAGGACUAUCAAGGACAAGAAGAAGAAGCCGUACAUGAGAUGGAGGGCAUCCCUAUUGGCCUGUCUGACCGAAAUUUGAAGAAACCUGGAGUUAUAUUUGUUCUAGAGAAAGCUUCUCUUGAAGUUGCAAAAGUUGGAAAGAGUUACCAGAUAUUAAAUUCAGAUGAUCAUACUAAUUUCCUUAAGAAGAAUAACAAAAAUCCAGGUGAUUAUAGGCCUGACAUUGUUCAUCAGGCUCUCUUAUCAAUUUUAGACAGCCCACUAACUAAGGCUGGGAGGCUGCGAGCUGUGUAUGUUAAGACGGAGAAAGGUGUUCUGUUUGAAGUUAAACCACAUGUUCGUUUACCAAGGACAUAUAAGCGUUUUUCUGGUAUCAUGUUGCAGCUGCUACAAAAAUUAAGUAUAACCGCUGCUGGUAAGCAUGAGAAAUUGUUGCGGGUGAUCAAGAGUCCUGUGACCCAGUAUUUACCCGUAAACUCUCGAAAGAUAGGUUUCUCAUACAGUUCAGACAAACUGGUUAAGAUGAGGAAUCAUGUGGCUCCUAUAGGUGAUGAUGUGGACCUUGUUUUUGUGGUUGGUGCAAUGGCCCACGGAAAGAUUGAUACAGAUUAUACAGAUGACUUUAUAGCCAUUUCUGGAUAUCCAAUGAGUGCUGCCCGCUGCAUUGCAAGAAUUUGCGAGGCUUUGGAAGACAAGUGGGAUAUAUCGUAAGCCAAUUCAAAUGUCCCCAAAGGAAAUAACUCCAAUGUUUGAGUAAUUUAUUUUUGUACCGAUUAUUGAACUUGAGGAUAUUUGUCAAUCGUGUUAAUGAGUGUUGAAGGAUUCAGUGUGAUUGAGUUAACUUGUAUAAGUACUGCAUAGAAAUUUGUAUAUGUAUAUAGUCAUCUAAUUUGUUAUUAAUAA